AUGGAAACCAAAACUACCUCAGAUAUUCAUCUUCCUCCUGGAUUUAGGUUCCAUCCCUCUGAUGAGGAGCUAAUAGUCUAUUACUUGAAGAACAAGGUUACUUCAAAUCCUCUUCCUGCUUCUGUUGUUGCUGACUUAGAUCUCUACAAGUAUAACCCAUGGGAGUUACCAAAGAAAGCUUCUUUUGGAGAAGAUGAAUGGUAUUUCUUUACACCGAGGGACAGGAAAUACCCUAAUGGAGCAAGGCCUAAUAGGGCAACAGCCUCAGGUUAUUGGAAGGCAACAGGAACAGAUAAACCAAUUCUUACAUCAUGUGGGACGACUAGCAUUGGUGUCAAGAAGGCUCUUGUGUUCUACGGGGGACGGCCUCCUAAAGGAAUUAAAACUGACUGGAUCAUGCAUGAAUAUAGAUUGCUAGACUCACUGUCCUUGAAUCCCAAGAAUAAAGGCUCCAUGAGGCUGGAUGAUUGGGUGCUAUGCCGAGUCAGACAAAAGAACAGCUUCCCGAGGAGCACUUGGGAAGAUCCAAAUGACCCUAGUUAUUAUGAACCUUUAGCAGCUGGUUACUUUCCUAAAGUAAAUGACCCCAACACUGAAAUGGUGAAAAACUAUUUAUACAAUGAUUGUCCGAUGCUACCUUACAUCUUUGCCUCUCAGGAUUUUUCUUGCAUUGACGAAGCCUCAAGCAGUAGCUUCCAGAGUAGUGAUAAAUCUUUCGCUUCAUUACUCUACGAGGGGGAUUCUGUUGACAAGGAUAUUCCUCAAUUCUCGGUUACUUCUUUCAACAACCUGUUAAUUAAUAACCCACUAAAAAGAAACCAGAAGUGUUAUAUCAAUAUUCCACCAAGCAAGAAGAUCAUAAAGAGAAAUCCUGAUGAGAGGGAGGAUACAGCUAUAAUCACCAUUAAAGAAAAUGAAGUGAUGUGA